AUGACCGUCGCACCUCACUUCAGGCGCCCUUUCUCCGAACUUCGCGCGUACUCGCCUGGACGCAAGCCACCCCACUUUAAAGCUGUCUUUGCAGAUUACGUGGUAUACGAGCAGCGCCGCCACGAGUUUAUGAAUCAACCACGCGCGAGGGCUGCGUUGCUACAUGGCGGACUUGUUUGGCGGCUGGCUUUGCACAGUCUCGGCGUUGAUCACCUACCUUCGGUACUCGACGGCAUUUCACGGGAAGCAGUCCCAUUCGGUCUCAUGCUGUGUAGCGACGAUCAAAGUUACUUUGACGAUGCGUUGCUGGAGGAAGAAGUCGAAUUUAUUUGUGGAACGUAUUACGUGGAUAAAAACGAUGGAAGUAUAGAGAAAGUCUCUUGGUGGCCCAGACCACAGGCCUGGGCUGCGUCCGGCUUGAACGUCGGUUUUUGGUCUGCUCGAUGCGAAAAGUGGUUUGAAACGCGCCUCGAACAUAUUCGCGAAGGCGUUUCACGCUUCCGCGAUUCAGCUCCCAACGACGCUAAUGGGCCGUUGUCCGCCACUCAAUGGAAGCGGUCGCUCAAAUUCAAUAACUCUACCCCGAAGAUGAUGAAAAACAUGGAUGUGGCAUGUUAUGAAUUUCUGUUAAAC